AUGGCAUUCCACGACUUGUACCCAGCCAGAUUAGACGUUUCUAAACCUGAGAUCCGAGUUCUCGAGAUCAUAGACGACAGCAAUAACAGCCAUGUAUCAUGCAAAUUACAUACUGUCACUCUCGAUAGCUCGUCGCGUUACGCAGCCUUGUCCUAUGUCUGGGGCGACCGCAAUGCCAUGACAGAGAUCACAGUCAAUGAUAGGAGGAUCGCGAUAACAAGAAACCUAGCCGGAGCCCUAAGACAUGCCCGCAAGUACUGGAAAUGCCUGUUUUCCGAUGGAGACCCGGCUUCUUUCAGAAUAUGGGCAGACGCCAUCUGCAUCAAUCAAGCAGAUUCCCUGGAGCGAAGUGAACAGGUCACGCUCAUGCCUCAGAUCUAUUCAAAAGCCAAGCUAGUCCUCGGCUGGCUGGGGGAUCAGCAUAGUGAGGACCUAGCAAUUGCAACUCUGACAAUAGGCCUCAUACAUGGCGCUCUUGCAAGCGUUUGGGAUGACGAGCAAAAGUUGUUACAGCUAGAGUGGCUCAAAAAUUAUCCCUCUCUGACCGUGGCUCCCGGAUGUGAAAGAAGAUGGAGGGCUCUACGCGUCCUAGGGAGCUUACCGUACUGGAAGCGAGUGUGGAUUUUGCAAGAGAACCUUUUGGCAACAACCAUGUUUUACGUAACUCCCACGACCAUGAUAGAGGCCAAUACGCUUCUGCAAGCAUGCGUUGGAUUUGGAGUCCUCUGCGAAUUGAUCGCCGAGCAUCAUGUGGCUAAACCCGACUUUGUUCCAAACCACGUCUGGUUGCUUUUCAAACCCCCUGAGGGGACAGCUUUCAAUGGAUUGAAGGUAAUUGGGCGUCUAGGCUCAACCAAGCAAAUAUUUCAAGGGAUGCCGUCACAUAAUCCCGGUACAAAUCAGAUGAUGUGGGAGCAUUUGAAACAGUCGCAACUCGGCGGCGUUCUUCAGGCUACGGAUCCCAAAGAUCAUAUCUACGGCCUCUUGGGAAUUAGCUGCCUUGACAUCCAGAUUGAUUAUAGUGAAAGCAAGCAACUCAAAGAUGUUUACGCAGACUAUUGUCGUGCCGUACUACAAGUUCUCCAACAGCUACCAAGACGAGAUAUCUUUUUCCUCCGAGACGCUGGCAUUGGUGUCUUUGACACUGCAGAAUUGGACAUCCCCUCCUGGGUGCCAAAUUACCCUGCGAGAUCAACCGGUGACCCACCACUCAUGUUUAGAAGUACCUUUCAUCUAAGUUCAAUGGCGCCAGGUAUUCCAUUCCCAAGCAUAUCUGGUCUCGAGCUGUCCAUUUCUGGCGUUCGCCUUCAGAAUGUGAAGCGCAUCAUGCAAUCACCACCAACCAUAGAAAAUCUCCAAAAAGGAGGAGACGGCCACCCAUGGGCCAUGGAAUACCUGCAAAGGAAACCAAUGUACAACAACAUACCAAGCACUUGGGCUCUGUUCAGCGCGGUGGCGAGAAUGCCAAAAUUUACCCGGGACACAUCAAACUUGCUCCUUCUUCGGGAUUUUUUGAGAUUUCUUGAUCUUAAGCCACCACAAGAUAUCGAGAAAUGGGGCAACAACCCUCUUCAAUAUACUACGGAAGAAGAGGGAGGCAUAUCCAUUGGCAUUAUAAUGGAUGGCUCAAUUAGUAACCCAUCAAUGAUGGCCCACGUCUCGCCAGCGCUGAGCUUCACAGACCCCGUUCAGGCUCUCAAGGACAGGAUGGUUGAAACCACAUGUCGAUUGAUCCUCAUCUUAGACCGAAACCAUCACGUCAAACUAUUUGAAACGGGAAAGGAGCUAUUGGGCAUGGGGCCGCAACACUGCUCUGAAGGCGACAUAGUCUGUGCCGUCGAUGGAUAUAGUGACCUCGUGCUUCUCCGAAAAUGCGGAGACCGAUAUAAAUUUGUCGGACCUUGUUCAACUUUCGGGAUAUCGGAGGAGUCUGUCAAGACAGCAUUAGAUGAGGGGGCUCUGAAGGUUGAAACAUUUCGACUUAUCUGA